AUGGCGAUAACUCCCGAUGAUGCUCAACAAAUUCUAGGACUCGAGGUUGAUGGAAAAGCAGUCACUGAGGGAUUCAAUAAUAAGUUUUCUUUCAAUGAUAUUUAUGCAUUGAGCCAGAAAUUGUUCGGUUUGAAUCAUAUUGAGAGGGAGUCUGUUCUUGAGAUGAAGGAUGGUCGUCUAAGCAAGAAGUUUAAUCUGAAGAAGUUGAGGGACACCUUAUGGGAGACAAAGAAAAGGAUAAGGAAGGAAUGUUCCGGAAGCUUGGUCGAGGCCAGUUACUUGCAACUAUUGGAUCCCUUGGAUAAGAUGCGUGAGUAUUCUUGGGGUACUGCGGUGGUCGCCUUCUUGAAAAAUGAGUUGACAAAAUGUUCUAGGGAACUCACUAAGCAAGUUAACGAAAACACAUGUCUCUUCCAGGUUUGGAUAUAUUUGCACUUCCCUUCUUUGUUCAAAGGCAACUCCUACGUCAUAGUGGGUGAGAAUAUUGCGAUUAAUAAGCCAAGAGCGCAAAGAUACAGUUUUAAGGGUGGUCAGGAUAAGGAAAUGCCACAACAACUUAUGAAACUCCGAAACGCCAUCGACAAAUUGACUGCGGAUGAUGUGAUAUUUGAUCCGUAUCGAGAUGAUAGAAGAUAA